AUCGUUCUCCACUCAUCAGAAGUGAAUUCCGAAGAUCAACUAAUCCACUACCCGUCGAGGAAAUGUUGAAGCUUGAAUGACACCACUCGCUUUCAAACGCGCUCAGGAGUCAGUUUUAAGAAUGUUCGUGUUCCUGGGGUUUUUGCUUUUGAAGUUAGCUUUAGUUUGCAGUGGGUUAGAAGUUCGUCCUAAGGCUAAUGGAGAAGUUGAAACUUAUAUGUCGGCGGUAAAACUGGAAGGUCUUCCGUAUAUCAAGCGUGCAGUAAACAUCUCAGUUUCCGUGACUGUAAAAUAUGAAAUCACAGGAGUUAGUGAUCCAUCCACUGUUACAUUGUCUUGGAAGCGUAAUGGCGAAGAAAUUUCAGUUAGCCGACGUAAGGCAGAUGAUGCGCCUAUCCUUUCCGGAGAUUACUCUUCAGAGACAUUCUCUGACACUACGCAUACUCUGGAAGUUACUUUAAAUUUAAAUCAAAAAGGUCCAGUUCCUGGAAAUUAUACUUUGAUUGCAACAAUGGGUGGGGUUACGUCUUCUGGUUCUGGCCAAGCAUAUAGCGCACCUGUUCUUCCACUAUUUACUAAGCCAAAACGUGUCUUGGAGGGUGAUAUUAUGCGGCUGGUUUGUCGUGUUAGUAGUUAUCCUCAGCCAUCUUCAGUAAUAUGGAGUUUUGCAUCGAUACAAGCUAGUCAAAUGGAUGAUGACAAUGCCAUUAAUACAGCCUUAUAUAAUUUACUUCCUCUGUUGACCAAUGAAACUCACUAUGUCCUGGAAACAAGUGAUGGUGGUACGCCGAAUGAUACUCUGCGCUUCUUGGAUUUAAAAGAAAGUGAUAAUGGUCUGUAUGCAUGUAACGUUUCAACUGAACGCGGUACUGAUUUCGCUUUGAUGGUUGUCAACGUUAAAGAUCGUUGGGCCGCUCUUUGGCCAUUUAUUGGAAUUAUUGUUGAAGUUACUAUUUUGGUUGCCGCUAUCCUAUUAUAUGAACGUCACCAAAUGCAUACAAAACCAACUAAUCUCAGCGCUAAAUGUGAUACUACUAGUGGUACUGGUGCAGUUUCUGGCCAAGAUAAUGUAUCAGCAAUACCUAAUAAUAAAAUUCAAACCAAUAAUAACAAUACAGGUCAAAAUAAUCUUACAGUUCCUGUUCAUGCUGGUGAUGUGCAUACUGAAAAUCUCGAUGUAAAUGUUGAAGGAAGAGACCAAAAAGCCGAUGAGAUUCGUUUACGUGCACAUGUCAAAUAAGAAUGAUUUUAUUCAUUAAGCACCCACAUUUUAUUUAAUCGCAAAAAAUAAAACACAACUAUCGUGGUUAAUGUUAUUCGAUGUGUAGAUGCAUACAAUGCUUGCUGGUGUAAUUAUUAAACAAUCUGCUUAUAUCUGCAUAGUUUUAUUGACUUCACUUAUUCAGUACAAUUGAAUUUUGCAUAUUAGUUUCAUUACUAUUAUUUUCUACUUGUUUGUUUUUUUAAAGAAAAUAAUCGUUAGAAUCUCACUUUAGUUAAGAUUUUUGAUCUAUCUGUUUCGUAAUAUUCCCCCCACCGCCAUCGUCUAAUCUCUCUCUCUCUCCCUCUCUCAUAUGAACUCACACGUUUUACGUUUGAUGAUCUGUUAGUCAUUUUCCGCUGUUGUGUAGUUCCGACAUUUGUUCAAAUGAUCAUUUAAUUUAUAACAUUGUUUCUCUUGAUCAAUUAAUCAAUCAGUUAAUCGAUCAACCAACUAACGAUGCACAUACACAUGUUAUUUCUGUCCAGUUCAUUAUUGUUUCCACACACACACAAAACGUUACUUUUUGUCUUAAUGAUUUAUAAUGCGCAUUAUUUUUUGUUCUCUGCUUAACCCUCAUCUUAAAAUUAUUGUCAAUAAUGGUUAUAUUUAUAUGAAAGUAUAGAUCACCAUAUUUUUUAAGUAAAUGCAUUGAAUGUUUUAUUAGUAUAGAUUUAUAGAAAGUUAAUCGAGAUUUUCUCGACUUUAUUAUUACAUAUUGUUUAAUACAUCAGUUAAGACGGAAUCAUAGUUUAAAAAACAAACAUCUUAAUUUAUUUUACAGACAAAUAUAAACACUGGAUGAUCUGAAUGAACUUUGAGUGUAUGAAGUGACCUAAAUUUCAUUGAUAUACAGUUUGUGAUAUUGUGAACAUUGAAAAUACAUGUAGACAAAGUACGUAAAAUACGGUAUUCAUUGUAUUAUAAGUGGUUGGUGGAUGAAUAUGUUUUUUUGUAACUAGCUUUAUGAAAAUUGUAUUCGAUUAUGUACCUAAACUUAAGUUAAUAGCUCUCAUUCGGGUCGUAAAAGGACUUGUGUUCUUAGAUAACGCGAUAUAUCCGGCCGAGAUUUAAACUUGAUCAUUGAUAUUGUGUUAAUUCGACAGUUAUCCCUUCCGUACUAGUGAUUGUGAAGUUUUCAAUUGGUACCGUGUAUUCUUAACGAUUACUAUACGAAGAACAUUUGUAUCCAAAUGAGUGUUUUUAGUAAUUUGAUGAUUAAUGCCCUAAUAACGUCUAUUUUAAGACAUAAGACAGCAUUAUGUCGACAGGUUUAUAGUGAGACCAUCAAGCCAGCACAUUUGUAUCCGUGUUAUGUGCUACGCAGUCGAAAAGGCUAAUCGAUUAAAUAAAACCCAAAUUUACGGUAGUCAUUUUGAUCUAAGUACUGUAGUUAAUAUCGACUAUAAAGGGAUGUACGAAGUGUGAUUUAAAACAUGUAUUGACGCGUCGACUUUUGAAGGAUUGACGAACGAUCACAUCUACAACUUAGUGACUGAUAUUCAGUAACUAGUUGAGGUCAAUCCGGACCUAUUUCAACGAGCAGGCUAGCUAUGUUAAUGUCUACCUCUACUUUGUGAUGUACACGUGUCUUGUAAUUAAUGGAUUAAUAUUUUUUUGCGUGAAACAAGUGUCAGCAAUCCUUCCCAUAUUUCUAUUUCAUCAGCUACCAAGAUGAACAUAGUGGUCGACUUUCUUAGUUCUUAUGGUUAGAUGAAUGGACGACACAUACCAUUACUGAAGCAACAUUCUGUAUUUAGGAGGGAAACUUUUAAAGACCUUUCUGGUACUGGCAAAGUACAUUAUAUGUGAGAAAAAAUUGUCUGUUGAACUGCUUAGAAAAGUUCAAGAGUGAAAGUGGCCUGCUGCUAAUCAUUAAUAGAUGUUAAGAGAGACUGAUAUGCUGUAUGAUAGUGGACGAGUCUGAUUGUUAUCGCAAAGUAAGAUCAGGUAAUACUUCAGUAAACCUCAGUGAUAUCCUAGGAAAAGUUACAGCCAGACUUCGCGCAGUAUGUUAACACUUAUGGCUUAAUUGGUUAUUUUGUAAUGGUGUUUCUAUCCGGUAAAGCAUCAUGUGGGGUAAUCAUCUUAGGUAUCAUUAUAGUUAGGCGUAUUGUUUUCGAUGCCACUAGAUUUGUUUUUUCAUUAAAUGAACGAUUAACGAGUUCAUCCAGUAAGAUUGUGUUCAACUAACAACCACUUCAUAAUAACUAUUGGACUGCGGCAAACUAACAAACAGUGAUCGAGCAAGUUAGUUCUCAACAGUUCAAUUAAUAUUAAGAAGCACAUGACAUAUUCUUACUUACACCUGUUACCCUUCGUACAAGUGUGUAGGCUGCCCACCACCAUUUUCUAUCGAAC